AUGUCAUUUGAUGACAAAAUAUCCCACAUUGUGAAUUUGGUUGCUUAUUCUCAAGCACCUUUAUUGAUUCGUUUAUAUGCAGCAUACAAAACCGAUUACACUGACGACCCUGAAAGUAAUUUAUGCCCAGAAAUUGUUAUACCUAUUUCGUCUAUUCCGACUUCUUAUUCUGGCCAGACCACUGACGGGGAAGAAUUUAAUCUAGAAAAGGGAGGAGCUAAAACAAAUGAAAAGUUCCCCUUUAAUGUCGGUAAUACAAAGGUUUACCUUCGGAUUGUGUGCUUAAAUAUGUCUCGAUCAGUUCUGGACGAUUAUGUAAUCAAUGACAAUGUCAUGCCAGCCGCUUCAGAGACUUUGAUUCGAUCGAUGCAAUCACAGCCAGAAUGUUUUUCAUCGCUCAGUCAAGACCAACAGGUCGCUUUGGCUGAGACCGACUCGAGGAUCAAUUGGUUUUUAAAAGAAGAGACGAUCCAUGGUCUAUUAAAAUUCCCCUCCAUCUCUUUAUCUACUUUAAAGUACGUCGAAUCACAACUCAGUGUUCCAACCCCUUAUGCUGGAUACCCUACAUCGAUUGUUUUACCGUUUGAAUUCGUAAAGAAUUAUGCAGAAAGCAGGACGAUCUUUAUGAGCGAACUCGAAAAGGAUAGUUGCCUUAAGAAAAAUGGAAAGUACCAAAUGAAACGGGUGGGGGACUAUUUUUACGUUUGUGAGGAUGCAACCUAUAAUAUGGGAGAAGAAUCAUCUUACUCCAAUAAUGCAUCGCCUAUAGCCACUGAUAAUUCACAGAUACCAGUACCUGAUUCAGAUUCGCUGAUAGAUACAAAUGUUAGUGACGAUUUUUGCGAUGGCUUAGGUAUCAGCAUUUCCCAGCACUCUGAAAAAUACGACGACGACGAUAAUUCUGAGGGAGAAGAAGAAGUGGGAGAGUACCAAGAAACCAGUGUUCCUAUCGACAAAAGACCGCUUUACUGGCUUAUUCUGAUACCCCAUGAACGAUAUAUGCAAAUUUAUUUUUACAGCAAAAUACAAUCAAUUGUUGCAGGUUUUGAAAUUUUGAGUCCUAUAAAAGAAAAAAUUAAGUCAGUACAAGAACGUACAAACCGUCUUGUAUUGUUAAAUUCAUUACAGGAGACUCGUGUAUGCAGUAAAUACCUUGAAGCUCUUGAUGAAAAGGCAUUAAGCGAGAUGUAUUCUGACGAAGAGGAGUCAGAAGAGGAUAGUUCUACAGAAGAGAUACCCGCUUCAAUUAACAGAUCAUUUGAGGUUACAAAAUAUCAACCAAAUCAAUUUUCUUGUCCGUUGGUGUUUACAAAACGAUUCCCACUUCAUUGGCGCUUACAGCCAAAUGUAGCUAUCAAGUUUUUAACCACGGAUGUUCUUCGAUUAUUCACAGUUGUUAAUCGACCCAACAUGUUUGUUAUCGAACGGGAUGGAUCGAUUGUGUAUUGUAAAAUAUAUGAAGAAACCAUUGGCGGAGAAUCUGAGGGGUCUCCCAGAACUUGCUAUGGAUCGCCCGUCCAAACCUUAUCUGGGAAGCCUACAGAUGACGACGCACAAACAUUGGUUACAAUCAAUAUGCCUGAACCCGGAUCAAAACGUGAAUUAACUAUUACAUCCGCAACUUCGCCUCGACCUCGUGGAACUAAUAACUCUAGACCUUUAUUAAAUGAAAAGAGAGAGCUUGUUCUUGAGGUGUAUGGUAUAGACCUCCCGUCGUGGGUUGAAAGAGAAUUUGUCAAUUUGAUUGAUAAUAGGCUUGUAUCACAAAUUACGCUGAAUGAAAUCCAACAGUAUUUUUUAUUGGAUUCGGAACUAAUUUUUGUUUAUGAGCAGGAUGUCGAAUUCAUUCUACCUACGCAUAAACCUCCUACGCAUAGGGAAAUGCUUCGUGUCCCUAGUUUGGUAAAUAGCCCUUAUGUGCUUUUACAAUUUUUCAAAAAGUCGAUAAUGGCAGAUAACAUACGUCCAUUAACUGGUCCUUAUGUGAAAGAAGCCGUGGAGAACUAUUAUAGAAGCGCAUUUCAUUCACAGGAAGCCGAUGCAGUACAAGAUGGAUCUUUCUGCUUUUAUUAUAAUUGUACAAAACGCUUACCUGGAGCUUCAUCCACCCUUGAAUUACUGGCGGGUCAAGGUAUUGCAGGUAUCUGUUUGACACUUUUGGAUGAUACCGGGACACCUAUAACAACCGUGAAAGAGGACGACAAUAGCGGUAACAAUUUUGAUCCUGAAGUGAUUCACGACUGUCUGGAAGAGGAGUUCAGGGAGGCCACGACGGGUACUACGUAUAACAACAUCGGUGUUGAUAUUUGGGUGAUAGGUGCUGUGGAUGGAGAUGCAUUAAUGCAACAUAUCUACGAAUGUUACAGACGAAGUUUAUGCGAUUAUUUUAUCGAAAAAACAGUGACUAUCGAUCUGGGAGCUGCACUUUCUUCUGAUGGUGCGUUAACAAAGGCCGUUACAGCGAAACCCGAAAGUCGUCUUGGAACAGUAUUGAGAAACAAAUUUAUAGAAUCUGUAUUGUUUAUCCUGAAAAAGGCUUCCGAAUUGAAAAGUCCUACAGUUUCUUCAAUGGACGCAGAGAUUCAAACCACACCUUGGUGUAUGGAUGAUCUUAUACGUUAUUUAGAUGUUGAACUUCGAAAAAUUGAUCCAUCCCUUCGACCAACUGUAGCCUGGACUUCUUUGGGAAAUUCUGUAUGGGGUGACAGUGAUGAUGUACCUAACCCAGAUUGUAACUGGGAACUGUAUAGAGGAUUUCAUUAUAGACAGCGACAAAAAUUACAAAGUAAUAUCCGAUUAGUUGCUAUCAGCGGCCUAGAUGAGUUUGUCGAAAAAUUGGGCAGUGUAUCUGAAGCCUUUUCACAAGAUAGACGACCAAGUGAUACAGACAGUCAGAAGGGCAGGUCAAGACGAAGUUCGGGUGAUUCCGCAAACACUGACCAUAGUCAGAAGAAAAGUAAAGCGGGCACACAUGAUCAUUCAAGAGCAUCGAGCGCAUUGUCCAAUUCCGGGACUUUUAGUAAAAACGGACCUCGAAUGGAUUCAAAAAAACAUUGCUUCAUGAUCAUGACUCUGGAUGUUCAUAGGCUCUCUAUUUAUGCUUAUAAUUGGUCAGAAUCUGUCUCUCAAGAGCUGUUUAAUGGUUUGUUCCGUGUAGCUAAUCGACAGGAAGCUCGUAGUCAACUUAUGUCUAAUAUUUUACACCAAAAAAUGGGUCUGUUUCAUCAUACAGCCCCAAUGAAGAGUAUAGUCGAAAGAUUUGCAACCACUUCAGUUCAAACAGUCAACAAGUCUUUAUCUUCGCACUUUAUGUCAAGCGGUACAACAUAUUCUGCUUCAACGCCGAUCAUCCACCUCACUUCACCUAAAAAAAGCACAAGGCAGUAUGAGACGACAAACAAAUUGGAUACAACUCCUGUUUCCCGAACCCCUGGUGGCGGCCGACGUAACAAUAGUAAUAAUUUUCCAUUUGUCAACUCAGGCCCUGUAGCAGCCAGUAUGCUUGACCUCAAGGAUAUCAUCGCGUUCCCUACCACAGCUCCAUCUCGUGAACAGAUAGAGACACCCAAAACUGGAGUAACAACACCAUCACAUAUGACUCAAUUGAUUGAACAGGAAAAACAUAUCGAUAGAAUUCUUCAAAAAUCCGCCAUUCAAAAUGCAGAAUUAGAUCAUGCUUUGAUGGAUUCGAUCACGGAUUCUGUGGCUGAUACGAUCCGUAGCAAGGAUUUCGAUAUAUUACGUCGACAUGGACAACCAUUUUUAGAAGCGUUUUUGCGACGAGCUAAAUUACAAUCUGCACACCGAAAGGCAUUAAAAGUAUACUUAAAAUGGCGAAAGCGGUACGGAGACCCAAGUGCCGAGAUCGGAUCUACGGAAAGAUUAUCUAGGCCAGAGGUUUCAACGAUUAUGCGAUCAUCGCGAGUACUUCAUUUCUGUCGUACUCCGCUCAUAUUUUGUGACCCUGAAAAGGAUUGGACCAAUUUGCAAGAGGCAUCCGCAGGUAGAGGUGUCGUGGUUGAAUGGUUCAAAAAUAUGGGCAAUGCGCUCAUGAGUGAAUAUGCAAAAUAUCUCGAGGGAGCGGAUAUGCAGCUGAUCGAUUUUGCCAAAUCCGAAAGUAAUAUAGGAAGUGGAGAAUCGACUCUGAGAACAUCCAAAUUUAGUCUAGGAAAGAAAAUGACCGCUGAGUGCCCCCCUACAUAUUUGCUUCGAGUUUUUGAAGGAGGAUCGAUUAUUUGUGAAGUCCGAUUGACAAGUGUAUUUGUGUCAGUAACACUAUAUACAUUACAUCGACAGUAUGGACGCUUAGAUUAUAACAGAUUUCGUCGUGACUCUCGUAUCAAAAAACGAGAGAAUUUUAAACGUUUCGAAGAAAACUCGGGCAAUUUUAAACAAAUGAUCCAUAUCAACUCCUUUGUGUAUGACUUCCAGUUACAUUAUAUACAGAAAAUGCUUAACGAUAUCAGUCAGGUGCCGGCAGAUUUAGAUAUAUUGUAUUUUAUACGACGAUUUGCUCGUAUCAAUCAACAACCGUCACCAUAUUCCAAGAACCGUAUCAUACAUGGGUUUUAUCAGUUCGAAGUAGAAAAUAUCAAUUGCAAAUCAUUUUUCGAAAACUUGUUUAAAAAUGCGCCUCGUCAUGGUCUAACAAACAUUUUGGCAAGCCAUGGAUAUACUGCUGUUGCAGUAUCCAGUAACGAUCUAUCUUUUAAAACCAGUGAAAAGCAGGAUUCAACCAGCUGGAAAUAUACAUUAGUCAUGUGUCCAUCUUUGGAUAAUACGUGUGGGUUAUCUGAUGAUGAUGCAAAGCAGGCUACAACUCAGAAAAUCAUUGUAGAAUACUUUAUUCUCGCUGUGUAUCAAGGACGCGUUUCUCCAGAAUUCAUGACCAAGGCCAGCUGGAUAAAAAGUGGUGACAAGUUAAACGGUUUAUCACAUCUUUGUUUGCCGGAGGAGAGUUUGAAUUUAGCAGAUAUUGUAUCAAGUGCUCGAACGAGAUUGGAUGGUAUUGUUUCAGAGGUUAUUAUCCGAAGUAAACGGGUUCAUGACUGGAGUCAACUUUAUUCGGCGGAUCUCAGUUUAGAAAAAAAUGUACGCACGGUACCAGAACAUCCUGAAUUAAUCGAGCUUAUGAGUGAAUUUGAUCGUAUCGAUAUGACUGAAGCAGAUGAAAAUAUGGCCAUGAUUUUCAAGAUGAAGCUCGAUUGGAAUGCCGCAUUAAACACUGUCAAAAUGCUGACAAAGAGCAAGACCAAAGAUUUCCAUGAGGGCGGACGGCGACACUUAUUACUGUAUAGCGCCAGAUAUAUGGAGUUCAUGUUACAUUUAAGAGUCGAUAGUGGUAAACAGAUACAGGGUUGGGUGGUAAGUCGAGAAAAACGUGCAGACAAGACGGUAUUUGAUGGUGCAGAAAAAGAACAAAUGACUAGUCUAAGCAAGAUAUUUUAUUAUUACAUGUGGAGAAUUAUUGCUGGUAGAACAUGUAUCUAA